AUGGCAAGGAAAAACCUCUGCACUUCAUCAGCCCUAAACCAUUUCUUCUCACUGCAACUCAUUCUCAUCACUAUACUCAUCUUACCAUCUCCACGGUCUCACGCUUUCCAGUUCAGAGAAGCUACCGUCGACGACAUACAAUACGCUCUUACACGCGGCCAUGUCUCCUCCACGCAGCUCGUUCACUUUUACAGAGACCAAAUCCAACGUUACAACCAGGUUCUGCGUGGAGUAACGGAGGUGAACCCGGACGCCGAGGCUCAGGCUCACCGAGCCGACAGCGAUAGGCUGGCGGGGAAGCGAGGGAGCAGGUUAAGCGGAGUUCCGGUGCUGAUAAAAGAUAAUACAGCGACCAAGGAUCACAUGAACACGUCGGCCGGCUCAUUUGCCUUGGUCGGCUCCGUCGUGGCUCGAGAUGCCUUCGUGGUGAAGAAGUUGAGAGACGCCGGUGCCAUCAUCCUCGGAAAAACUAGCUUGAAGGAGUGGUCCGGCUUCCGGUCGUCGAGUAUGCCCGGAGGCUGGUCGGCCAGAGGCGGCCAAGGAAAGAAUCCAUAUAAUUUGAGCAAAGAAGUGUGUGGAUCGAGCAGUGGAUCUGCGAUAUCGGUGGCGGCGAAUUUUGCGACGGUGGCGAUAGGGACAGAAACAGAUGGGUCGAUUAUAUGUCCAUCGUCGUAUAACUCAGUGGUGGGAAUCAAACCCACAGUGAAUCUAACCAGUAGAGAUGGUGUCGUACCCAUUUCCAUGAGGCAAGACUCUGUGGGACCAAUGGCAAGGAGCGUGGCAGACGCAGUGCAUGUGCUUGAUAUAAUUGUUGGAAGAGACGAGAAUGAUAGAGGCACGAUCGAAGCCUCAAGACACAUUCCAAAUGGCGGCUAUGCUCAGUAUCUUAACUCUGAGGGACUCUCAGGAAAGAGAUUAGGAAUCUUGAGAUUCCCUGAUUACUUUAACUUCCCUGAUUCCUCCAUUCAGAAUGCGACUUAUCAACAACUCUUCCACACAUUCAGGGAGAAAGGCGCAACAGUGGUGGACGAUGUGGUGAUUGAGCACAAUGAUGAAAUACAUGAAAACGAAAUGAUCGCUUUAUUAGCUGAGAUCAAGCGAGACUUGAAUUCUUAUCUCUCAAACCUUCGCUUUUCUCCUUCCAAAUCCAUGGCCGAACUUAUACUAUUCAACACACACAACAAAAAUCUUGAAAGCAUUGAGGAAUAUCCACAAGACAUGUUUUUGAUGGCCAGCCAAACAAACGGUAUCAACGAGACGGUUCAAGAAGCCCUAGCGAAGCUGGAAAGGUUUUCAAAGAAUGGUUUCGAGAAGACGAUGAAAGAGAAGAAACUGGAUGCUUUGGUGUACGUAGGACAGAAGUAUGUUCCUUUUCUGGGUGUUGGAGGAUACCCUUCAAUCACUGUCCCUGUAGGGUAUACCCACGACAACAUGCCCUUAGUUAUUGCUUUUGGAGGACUCAAAUACUCAGAACCCAAACUCAUAGAGAUCGCUUAUGCCCUAGAACACACCAUCAACAUAAGAAAACCACCUCCUCUUGAUGAUUUGCUUCUCAGCUCAGUGGAAACAGAUAGCUACCAAGUCCAAGCUUCUUGAACAGAUCAUCCAAACAAGUUAUAUGUGAAUAUAUAUAUAUAUAUAUAUAUACAUAUACACGGCUCAAACUAUGGCUAUGGCCAGUUAAGAUUGCUUAAUCUGGGGCAAAUAUUUUCAUCUCAAUGUCUGAGAGUGUAUUGAAUGUAUGUCAAUAUGAGUGUGUAUGAUCCGACUCGAUCCGGAUUAGUCUGGGUUCUUGUUGAAGUCUUAUAAUCAGCUUGAUGUAAAACAGUCUAAAAUACUGGGUGCUGUACGCAAAAUAUAGACGCGUGCGAUGUGUGUGUGAUUAUGCACACACAGAUUGAAUUCGUUGUAAAUGCAUGUAAAUAUUGGUGGAUAUAUAUUUUGUGGAGUUGGUUGGAAGGAAA